CUCCAGUGGGUAGUGUCGGCUGGAGCUUCGUCAACGCGAUUGUGUCUCCACGCGGCUGUCAGGAGCAACUUCCCACUCCUCUGGCUGGAUACACUGUGCGCAGUUUGGGGACGAAACGCUAGCGACUUUUGAAAACUUUAGAGAAAUUGACGCUGAUGGGACAUAGAGAUGGCUUCUCCAUCGACAUUAACAGCGGGACAAGCAACAGAAUCGAGAACAGAGGCCUCGCGUCUGGGGGGCAUCGAGGCCUUGAAGUUGAAGGUGAGGCCUGUGCGGAGGAACCUCUUCGGGCCUGUGGACCACCAGCAGCUGCAGAUGGACUUCGAGAGGCUACUUUGCAUGAGUGUUGAGGUGGCCAACAAGCGCUGGAACUUUGACUUCCAGAGGGAAAUGCCAGGAGAGGGCUCCGACGUCGAGUGGGAGGAGCUAGGGUGCCAGGAUGUGCCGUCGUUUUAUCGCAGCUGCACGGUUAAACCGGUGAGGAAUCCAUUCAGCAGAAGGCGGGCGGCAUCUUCAUCACGCGAGGGAUCCUCAGGGUCCAGCAGCUCGUCAGGGUCUGGAGACGAGUACCUGGAGGUGACCACCAGGGGGUGCUAUCGGCUCAAAAUGCAAGGCAAACGCAAACAGUCCUCUAUCACAGAUUUCUUCAAGCUCAAGAAGAGGAAGCUCAUGCGUCACAAACAACCUACUCGGCAGUAGAGAAGUACAACCAACAGAAGAUCAGCAAGUCUACAUGUCACCUCACAUCGAUAUGUCUCAUAUCGAAUGUACAUAUGUAGCAUUUUCUAAAAGACUGUCCAAAAGCUCGUGCAGCACGGGCUUAAAAACUCUUCUGACAUCACAUACCUUUGUAUUCAGCACAAGGAAGCUAACAUAGUCCUAGCUAAUCAUGCUCAAACGGUUUUUGUAAAAGCUAUAUACAUUCUUUAAAUACUGUAUAAGUUUUUUUAUUUUUCAUCUUUAUACUGUGAAAUAAUUUUGAAUGCACUCUUAAUAACAGAAAUGGGCUCUAGUUUUAAGAGGUUAAUUUUCUUCUUAACGGGCCUCGGAUAGUAUUUGACCUCAGUCCUCGGCCUUUUUUCUUCUCCUUCUUGCUAAAAGUCAAAAGAAGAUUUUGAUUAGCUGAGUUACUAUUCUUGACCUCACAAAACACUUAACCUUUGUUCUCACACAUCGGCUACGAAAGCAUGACUCUAUUCAGGGGUCAAAAGCUCACCCAGGGCUCAACAUUUGGCAGCGUGACUGUGAUUAGCACGAGGUUAGAGGUCAACGGUGGAGGUUGAACGAUGAGGUAAUGCGGUCGUGCCUAUUUGAUAGUGACUCAAAUUCUCAGCUAUAAUAACAAUGUUUCUUAUUUGACUAUUUAUUUAAUAAUCAUGACGUUAAAUCAUCAUCAAAAAAAGAGAAAAAGACAAGCAAAGCUGAAAACGAGGUUAGAUAAGGUGUUUGUGGAAACCUGUGCCUUUGCUCCUAAACAAUGCGUUAGACUAUAAGUCUUUAUGGCUGAUAUACACUCCACCGUUGCUGCUUCAGAAAUAAUGACCAUAAAUAUUUACACCAUCGGAAAAUAGAAAACUACAUACAGACUUUAUUCCUUUUUUUGCUUUGUAUUAUUUGCAUAAUGGGGUUUUGAAAAUCUUUUUUUUAAUUUUUAUAGACCAUAGACCAGAACAUUAUUUAGCUGUAUGUUUUUGUCAGCUUUUUUUAUCCACAUUAUGUUCUCUUAUCCUCAAUGAAGGGAAUCUAGUGUUUUAUCACUCUGCUGCAGCUCACAGAAAUCCAGACUGUUGGUUCCACUUUCUUUGACACGUUUUUUUGUUUUUCUGAAGAGUGGAGCUGCUGCACACUUUCCUGUCACUGUGCAGUCCUCGACGCGUUCUCAUUGUGUACAUACGUUCGGAAGCGUUUUUAAGUAUGAAUGUGUUGGUUUUGUUUAUCUCGAGGUUUAUCGCAUGUUGUGAGAGUUGUGGCAGUUGAACCAAAGAGUAACUGCUUUGCUAUUCAACUAGAAACACAUUAUUAAUACAAGUUGCUCAUUGUAUGAGUGGAACAGAUCUGAAGCAUGUUCAGAUUUUCAAAACAUAACUGCUAAAUCAUUCUUUUUUUUUAUAUGGAUUAAAGCCAUAAUCCAUUCUUACUACCUCAUCAUGUACAACAACUGAAAUACAGGGAAACAACGCAGAUACGACUGCUUGUGUCUACAGGCGAAAAGAGAUGAAGAGAGACUGAAACAAAGGAGGGACUUAUGAUUAUGUUGUGGUAAAAGCUACACCAUGUGUCAAAUUUCACUUCAGGUAAAAGAUGGGCUGUGAGGGGGCUUUUUGUUGUUUGUCCCGCACUCCUCCUUCUCCGCCUCACUUUGCUUUCCCAGAAAAAGGGCAGAGCAGAGGCAUUAAGUCGGAGGGGGAGGAUGAGGAAAAGGGACAAACUUUUAUUAGCCAACAUUGAAGACAAAAUGUCUCUGACCCCUUCCGGAUCAAAAGGAUUUCUCCGGACAGACAAGUGGCCUGCAUCUCAGACUGGCUUUUGUCUGCCCCCUUUAAAAGUCUCUCGGCCUCUCUUCGGGGGAACAAAACCGCCUCUGUCUGAGCGAAAAAUCUGCAUGAAAGCUGUUGCUCAUAAUCACGUUUACUCAAUGUGUGUUCCACAGCUCUAAAAAUAGCUCACAUGCUUAAAAUUGUCUAAAUGUGGCUUGUUUGUCACCUUAUAUAUGUUUGUUUGUGUGUGUCUAUCUUUUCAUCCUGUUCAGAGGAAACUUUCAAAGUCUUUAUUAACUUAUUGAGUUUAUAUCAUUCAUUUGUUCUGUAGGGAAAUAAUUUGAAAUUCCCCCGUUUGUUCUGCUAUAACUAACAAAUUGUGUUAUUCCCAAAACUAUAUCUUUACACUUCCUUAAACAAAGUGGUCAAGAGAUCUAUUUUUGUAUGGUAAUAAAAAACCACAAAUUUCAACAAAAAGCUGAGACACACGUUGAAUUUCCAAACUAAGCCGGUUUGUGUAUCCUGGCAACAUGUAAGAAGUGUAUUUCUUAUUGGAUCAGAAUCAGCCUAUUCUUUUUGAUAUUUGUAUGACAAAUGUUAUACUGCAGGGUUGUUGGUGCACUGUUGCCUUUCAUGUUGUUGAUUUCAUAGUGUGCUCAGAAUAAAACAAUGUUCAUAAGACUGAUAUAAACCACAA